AUGAGAGAGUUCGUUGAGGAAAACGAAAAAACCGAUCCAUUAAUCCAUGCUCCAGAUAAAAAGAACAACCCUUGGGCGGAAAAAGGGAAGUGUGUAAUAAUGUGAACAUUUUUUUUUACACACUCAACUCGGCGUUGCCGCCGCCACCCACCACGCCGUGCCACGCUGCCCUGUCGGCAUUGAAUCCGGUCAAACUUACAUUUUCUUUACAUUUUAUUAACGCAAUCAUUUAUUUUUUAUUUGAUGAAAAAUAUAAAUAAUAAUUGUAACA